UGACUUUCCACACAACACUGGAACUCUUCCAAGGCAAGCAAGGCAUCAAAGCAUAAAGGACAACACGAGGAAAGUAGGCUGGUAAGAUGGAUAAGAGGAGCGGUCUGCGCCUGUGUCACUUUGGGACAGCCAGGCGAAGGCGAUGGUGGGGUCUGAGGAGAAGAUGGAUUUACAUUUACAUCACAUUUACAUUUACAUGGAGGAUGCUAGGGGUGUUUAAGACCAACCAGGAACAUGACUUAUGCAGCCUCACCUGUCUUAUGAAAGAGGGCCUGCAUGCUGUCCUACAGACCAGCAACAACACAACAGUACCUGAUAAACUUUCUGCUGAACAUUACAAAUUGGCGGAGACUCAAGUCCAUAAGGACUUGGAGAUGCAGACGUUUGCAGGGCCUGUGUUUGCCGGCCUGCGGCGGUCCCUGGAUAUAACAGAGGAGGAGUACCACAGGUCCCUCUCUUCAGACGGCUGCUAUCUACAGUUCAUCAGCAACUCCAAGAGCAAGGCUGACUUCUUCCUCACGAAUGACAAGAGGUUCUUCCUAAAGACACAGAAUACGCGGGAGGUUAAGUUUUUUCUAUCCAACCUGAAGGCAUAUAUGGAUCAUUUGGAGAAAUACCCCCACUCACUGAUGGUCAGGUUCCUGGGUCUCUAUAGCAUCCAAAUUCCAAAUAAAACAAAGAAGUAUUUCAUUGUGAUGCAGAAUGUGUUUUACCCGGACGAGAGGAUUAAUACCAGAUAUGACAUCAAGGGCUGUGAGGUGGGUAGGUGGACUGACCCUGCAUCUACGGGGAACCCAGUUACUAAGAUUCUGAAGGAUAACAACUUUGAAGGAAAGCACAUCAUUUUGGAUAAGCAGCGCUCCUGGCUUGUGGAUCAGGUUGAAAUAGACUCAGCCUUCCUCCGUAGCCUCAAUGUGCUUGACUACAGUAUCCUGCUGGCCCAUCAACCCUUGCACCAAGAUGAGCUGGACAGGAAGCACUCCUUUAGUAACCUAACUAUGCGCACUGUAAAGUCCAUGGACCAAGACAGUCCCGCAAAGGAAGAUCCCCCCACUAUUCCGUUGUUGGAGGGGUACUCUGCUCGACUGGCAUCAGAUACAAUAGACAAUGGGUCAGACCACGUCCAGAAUACAGGAGAACACUCUGGCCAUGGAAUCCCCCUCCAGGAGAUAAACCUACACUCCGUAAACUGUACAGAUGCAGAACUCCUGGAGUUCCAAGCUCAUCACCGUAGGCUGCUGCCUAAUUUAAAAAACUCAGUGCAUGUCAUAGACGGACCAAAGCUGCGCUACUUUGUGGGUAUUGUAGACUUUUUCACUGUGUACGGUGUGAAGAAAAGGCAGGAGAACCUGUGGAAGAGUCUGCGCUUCCCUGGCAGAGCUUUCUCCACUGUCAGCCCAGCUACCUACUCCCAGAGGUUCUGCCAGUGGGUAAAGGACCACACCAAGUAAAACAGGGACACUGAAGCCCAUUGAAAGACACAGAAGAGACUGUCAAGUGAAUAAUCAAACUUGUUUUGUGAACAGCAUGAACAGUAGGUGGCACCAAAUAGCUUCUGUUGCAGUGCUAGCCUAUUAUAUAAAAAAAUAUCUAGAGGAAUUUUACAUUAGUGAUAUUUCCCCCAAACAAUACUGUGGCAGGUUUCUCAAAAAUCAUGUAUGAAUGUGUAUACAAAUGUAUUGGAAUAAG